GUGAAGCUGUGCUGACCACAGGAGCCGGAAGACAUGGAAUUCAGAGGCUGUCAGCCUCCCUUCCUGAGCCCAGUUGUCCCUUUCCGUGGAACAAUCCAAGGGGGUCUCCAGGAAGGACUUAAAAUCACUAUCAAUGGGAUGGUUACUCACUCCAAUGAAAACAGGUUUGCUGUCAACUUCCAGAAUGGCCACAGCGACAAGGAGAUAGCUUUCCACUUCAACCCGCGCUUUCAGGAUGGAGGGUAUGUGGUCUGCAACACAAUGCAGAACGGAAGCUGGGGGCCUGAGGAGAGGAAGAUGCAGAUGCCUUUCCAGAGGGGAGUUGCAUUCGAGCUGUGCUUCCUGGUGCAGAACUCAGACUUCCAGGUGACAGUGAACGGGAGCUUCUUCUUGCAGUACUCACACCGCGUGCCCUUCCACUGUGCAGACAUUCUCUCUGUCCAUGGUUGCGUGCAGCUGUCCUACAUCAACUUUCAGAACAUCCGUGUGGCCCCUGUCCAAGCUGUCUUCUCCAGGAUGCAGUUCUCAAAGCCUUCUCAUUCUUCAUCUAAGCCUAAGGGGAAUAGACAUCAAACUCCAAUGGUCAUCCAUACCGUUCAUGGCGUUCCUGGGAUGAAAACAUUCCCUCCACUGCCACUGCCUUACUUUACCUCCAUCCCCGGGGGACUGUACCCAACCAGGAACAUCCUAGUGUUCGGCACCAUCCUCCCCACCGCUCAGAGUUUCUACAUCAACCUGCGCUCCGGGAGUGACAUCGCCUUCCACCUGAACCCCCGAUUCAAUGAAAAUGCUGUGGUCCGAAACUCCCAGAUCAACAGCUCUUGGGGUUGUGAGGAGAGAAGCCUGCCCCAAAAUAUGCCCUUCACCCGUGGCCAGAUCUUCCAGGUGUGCAUCUUGUGUGAAAACCAAUGCUUGAAGGUGACAGUGAACGGUCAGCACCUGUUCGAAUACUACCACCGGAUGAAGAACCUGCCUGCCAUCAACCACCUGGAAGUGGGGGGUGACAUCCAGCUGAACCAGGUGCAGACAUAGGCAGGAUCCCCAACUCUGGGAAUGAAAGUUGGGGUGCUGCUUUCUGGGUCUGCUCACCAACAUCUCCCCUGUCCCAGCCCUCUCCCAGCCCCUGCAGCUUCCAGACACCAUAUCCAGUCUGGCUCUGCUCUGGCCACUGCAGGCCUCCAGCUGCCCAAAUCUCACCAUUGAAGGCCAAUGGUACUGAUUUGCUUGAAACCCACAUCCAGGCACAUAAGCAGAGAGGGAGGGUCCUGAGGUCCCCACACUCCCCUGGUCUCCACCAGCUGGCAGGCCCCCCUCAGCAAGGUCUCCCCUUCCCUCCCUUCCCCC